AUGGCGCCCAUCAAAGGGUCAUCCAAAGGUGCCGCUACAAAAGGCGGAGCCAAGCCGUCCAAGUCCUCUGCACCAUCGUCUGGGUCGCGGGUGAGCAAAUCCAGCAAGCCAAAGGGCAAACGACCGCCGCCAAAAGAAGUGAAGGCCAAAGCACGCACCGCACCGGAGAACCUGAAGAAGAAAAAGAAGAGAGUAUACACAGAGGCGGAACUGGAUCUGCCCAAGUUGAACGCGAUCACACCUGUCGGGGUGGUGAAGCCGAAAGGCAAGAAGAAGGGAAAGACUUUUGUAGACGACCAGGAGGGCAUGAUGACGAUUCUUGCUAUGGUCAACGCAGAGAAGGAAGGCCAGAUCGAGUCGAAAAUGAUGAAGGCGCGCCAACUGGAGGAAAUCCGUGAGGCUAAGAGAAAAGAAGCAGAAGCACGACUAGCCGAGAAGAAGAACAAGUUGGACGCUGCGAAGGAUUCAAUUCGCAACAAGAAGAAGCGCAAGAGUGAUGGAGGAGACAGCUCUACAGCUGUGGCUGAUGCUCCUGCGAAAUCAUCUAAAGGAAAACGGAAGAGCGUUGCAUUUGCUUGA